AUGUCUCUCUUCCAAGUACGUGAAUGGUGGCGUGUUAAAGGUGAAGAAGAUGAAGAAUAUACAUUUGGUGGAUUAGUACUUGGCAAUGUUGAUAAUGAUCCAUCAGGACACGUGAAGAUCGUCACGGGUAGUUUGAAUGGCAUGUUACGAAUGUAUUGUCCAACCGAACGUGACUUUCGUAUUGAGCAUCUAUUGCUAGAAGAGAAUCUACGACGACCAAUAUUACAAUUAGCUUUAGGUUCUUUCAUUCCGAAUCAACGUAUUCUAGCACUUGCAAUUCUACAUCCAAGACGAAUUGGAGUUUAUGUUGUCGAAGGUAUUGGUGGAAAUGGAAUGGCAGCGAAUUAUUUUAAACUUGUGCUACGAUACGAACAUUUACUUGGUGUUGAUGGAAAACAUUUCACGGCUUUUAACUUCAUUUACGGACCUUUUGGAACCCAAAGUUCGAGUUUGAUGGAAAAAACGAUCCCACGAGAUCAUUUAUGUGUUCAAUCCUUAGAUGGACGUCUUCAAUUUUUUGAACAAGAUCGAUUUUCAUUUCUGCAAUCACUGAACAAUAAUUUCUUACCUGGAGCAAUAAUUUAUGCAUCAAAACUCGAUGCUAUUAUCGCAUCAACUUCGGACUUUCACGUUGAAUGUUAUCGAUAUCAAGCAUUAGCAUCUGCAUCUUUAAAAAAACAUUCCAAUGUAUUGAAUGAAGAGACUCAAGAAGAUCGUAAGAUUGCAACGUUUGUACAUUGUGAAUGGAAACUUAAUCUUGGUGAAACAAUUCUCGAUAUUCAAGUAACUAAAACUUCAAAUGAAGAUUCAAAUCCAAGUUUUGAAAUUCUUGUACUUGGUGAAUUUACAUUAUUUGGAAUUAAAUCACAAGGAGAAAUCUAUCUACAAAAGCGACUUGGCUUUUCACCGUCUGUCUUUCUUCUCUAUCAACAAGAUCUUUCAAUCCAAAGUCUUGAGAAUCUUUUAAUUGCUAGUCAUUCAAAAAUCUGGAAUGUUUAUCAAGAUAAAACACUCAUUUGGUCUGCAUGUGCUUCCACAGUUCCAGUAGCACUUGGUGUUGGUGCAUUUGGUGGAUUGAAUGGUAUGAUUGUUAGUCUUGAUGCAGAUGGAGCAUUACGAGUGAAUUAUAUGGGCACUGAUCCACCAUCUACUGCUGUAGUUGCACCUGAUACAAAAGAAAUUAAUUAUGAAGAAAUGGAUGAAGAACAUCGUCAAUUAUUGGGUGUCAUUCGUCGAGCACAAGGUGAACGACGAAUAGAACCAAAAGAUCGAGUGUUAAUUCGAGCUCAAAUACCAACAAUUCUUGAAAAUCUUUCAGAUCGUAAUGAAAAGUUCAAUUACAAUGGAAAUCAAAGUUCAAAUCUUCUUGGAAUAUCGACACAAUUGACUAUGCGGAUCUAUCUCACGUAUACAGGAACAACAUUUGUUUCAAAUGUCACGUUAUCAAUUUCAACACCUGAAAAUAUUGUUGCAAUGAAAUCUUCGUAUAAUAUUGAAAGAAUUGAUGGAAAGACAUCGACACCACUUUGUAUUUCUGUGAUCUUACAUCCAAAUGUUGAAAUCAUGCCAAGUUCAUUAGAUUUAAUCAUCGCAGCAUCGUAUACACUCGAGACUGGACAGCCACGUGUUUCACAAUAUCAUGUGAAACUUCCAUUCUGUUUACUUUGUCGUGUUGUACCUCCUGUCAAGUCAUGUAACUAUAAAUUUACACUUGAAACGAAUCAAGAACCGCUUGAACUAGUGAAAUUAUUUGAUGAAAUGUUACAUCAACCAAAUUGUACACCAGAAUGGACAAGUCAACUUUUAAUUGGAAAUUCCGGAACAAAUGUCUUAAGUUUUCAAUAUUAUAAUGGGAUUGAUGUCACAAUACUUGUAUCAAAGAAUGCUGGACGUUAUCGUAUCCAAUCGAAUGAACUUGAAGCACUUUGGAUGAUUUCAUCGGAAUUAGUUGCUCGAUUGGAAAGAUAUUUUGAUACUCGAAACGUGAGAAUGAAAGAAAGUGUUGAGACGUUGAUACCAUUGGAAAUUUAUUAUCAAGAACCACUUCCACUUGCAGAUUUCUUUGGGAUAAUUGAUGUUCACUUUAAUUUACGGAAGGAAAAGUUGGAACUUAUUGCUCAAUUGAAUGAUCGAGCUCAUCAAUAUCGUGUUAUUGAAAAACGAUUAUUGGUACGAUACAAAGAUCGUAACCCUCCAGUCGUACAAUAUUUGGAUGUUUUAUUACAUGGAACGUACGAUCAAUUACUUGCAUUGUCACACGAAAUGGAUACAGUGGAAAUCAAGUUACAACGUGCAGCGAAUCGUCUUGCGUGUUGUGUGUCGCUUAUUCUUCUAUUGAUUAAGUUACGUUUUCAUUUAAGUGAUGAAGAUGCAGAAGUAUUAGAAGCAUAUCUAUCUCCUAUUAUUAAUGAUAGUAAUUUGGUCGAACAAGGAUGGGAAGAGCGUACAGAUUCGGCCAUGACGGAAUUACUGCGUACACUUUUAGCUAAACAACCUCCGAAUAAAGAGUUAAAUCCCGUUGUUUUAACAACGGAACUUUCAAUUCAAGAUGAUACUAAGCGAUUGAAGAAACACAUUACGAUCGUCUGUGAUCGUCUUGGAAAAGGAGCAAAACUUGUAUCAAGUAAGACUAACGAGACGAAAGAAUAG